GGCGGCAGGCGGCGGUGGCGGCGCGGACCGUGCGAGGCAGCCCGUCCACCCCUGCUUCCUGGGCCGGGCCGGGCCGGGCCGGGCCGGGCUGGGCUGGGCGAGGCGAGGCGAGGCGGCCUCCGCGCCCCCGCCCCGCCCCGCCGGCGCGGAGCGGAGCCGCCGCCGCCGCAGCAACAGCGCCGGUCGCGGGGCGCGCUCGCCGCCCGUCGCAGGAGCUGCAUGUGCGCGGGAGGAGCGGCGGAGGAUGGCGGUGCUCAAGCUCGCCGACCAGCCACCGCUGGUCCAAGCGAUUUUCAGUGGCGAUCCAGAAGAGAUACGGAUGUUGAUCUACAAAACUGAGGAUGUCAACGCUUUGGACGCUGAGAAACGAACUCCUCUUCACGUUGCAUCAUUCCUGGGGGAUGCAGACAUCAUUGAGCUUCUCAUUUUGUCAGGCGCUCGUGUUAAUGCCAAGGACAAUAUGUGGCUGACUCCUCUCCAUCGAGCAGUUGCUUCAAGAAGUGAAGAAGCAGUGCAAGUAUUGAUUAAGCACUCAGCCGAUGUCAAUGCUCGGGACAAGAACUGGCAGACACCAUUGCACGUGGCUGCUGCAAACAAGGCAGUGAAGUGUGCGGAAGUCAUCAUCCCCAUGCUGAGCAGUGUCAAUGUCUCUGACCGCGGCGGGCGGACAGCGUUGCACCAUGCAGCUCUGAAUGGCCACAUUGAGAUGGUGAACUUGCUCUUAGCCAAGGGGGCAAACAUCAAUGCUUUUGACAAAAAGGACAGAAGAGCUCUUCACUGGGCAGCGUACAUGGGUCACCUGGAAGUUGUUGCCUUGCUGAUUAAUCAUGGUGCAGAGGUGACUUGUAAAGACAAGAAGGGUUACACCCCACUUCAUGCAGCUGCAUCCAAUGGGCAGAUUAACAUUGUGAAACACCUCCUUAACCUGGGGGUAGAGAUUGAUGAAAUGAACAUCUAUGGAAAUACUGCACUUCACAUUGCCUGUUACAAUGGUCAGGAUUCUGUUGUUAAUGAGCUGAUUGACUAUGGUGCUAAUGUAAAUCAGCCUAAUAAUAACGGAUUCACUCCCUUGCAUUUUGCUGCUGCCUCCACUCAUGGAGCACUGUGUCUUGAACUGCUGGUGAAUAAUGGGGCAGACGUUAACAUUCAGAGUAAGGAUGGGAAGAGCCCACUGCACAUGACAGCUGUCCAUGGGAGGUUCACGCGGUCGCAGACCCUCAUUCAGAAUGGAGGGGAAAUCGACUGCGUUGAUAAGGAUGGUAACACCCCUCUGCACGUGGCUGCAAGAUACGGACAUGAGCUUUUGAUUAACACCCUCAUAACCAGCGGAGCUGACACUGCCAAGUGUGGGAUCCACAACAUGUUCCCUUUACACUUGGCAGCGCUGAAUGCUCACUCGGACUGCUGCAGGAAGUUGUUGUCAUCGGGACAAAAGUAUAGCAUAGUGUCCUUGUUUAGUAAUGAGCACGUGCUGUCUGCAGGCUUUGAAAUAGACACCCCUGAUAGUUUUGGAAGAACGUGCCUCCACGCUGCCGCUGCAGGAGGUAAUGUUGAAUGUAUAAAACUCUUGCAAAGCAGUGGAGCAGAUUUUAAUAAGAAGGACAAAUGUGGGAGGACACCUUUGCACUAUGCAGCUGCAAAUUGUCAUUUCCACUGUAUUGAGACGCUGGUGACAACAGGAGCCAAUAUUAAUGAAACAGAUGACUGGGGACGCACCCCUUUGCACUAUGCUGCUGCUUCUGACAUGGACCGAAAAAGAAAGAAUAUUUUGGGUAACUCCCAUGAAAAUGCUGAAGAACUUGAAAGAGCCAGUGAGAUGAAGGAAAAAGAAGCUGCAUUGUGUCUGGAGUUCCUUCUACAGAACGACGCCAAUCCAUCCAUCCAAGACAAAGAAGGGUACAACACUGUGCAUUACGCUGCUGCAUAUGGGCACCGGCAGUGUUUGGAACUGAUUGGAAGCAAAACUCCAUUGGAUAUACUUCUGGAAAAAACCAACAAUAUGUUUGAGGAAUCUGAUUCUGCAGCCACGAAAAGUCCUUUGCAUUUAGCUGCCUAUAACGGUCACCAUCAAGCAUUGGAGGUACUUCUCCAGUCUCUGGUAGAUCUGGAUAUUAAGGAUGAGAAAGGACGCACUGCUUUGGACCUGGCUGCAUUUAAAGGACAUGCAGAGUGCGUGGAAGCUCUCAUCAGCCAGGGUGCUUCUGUCACUGUAAAAGACAAUGUCACCAAAAGGACUCCCCUCCAUGCUUCAGUCAUUAAUGGCCAUACACCUUGUUUACGGUUGUUGCUAGAAGUUGCAGACAACCCUGAUGUGACAGACGCCAAAGGACAAACCCCACUAAUGCUUGCAGUGGCAUAUGGGCACAUUGAUGCUGUUUCUUUAUUACUUGAAAAAGAAGCAUCUGUAGAUGCAGCUGAUCUCCUGGGAUGCACAGCUUUACAUCGAGGGAUUAUGACUGGGCAUGAAGAGUGUGUUCAGAUGCUGUUAGAGAAAGAAGUAUCUAUUUUAUGUAAAGACGCCAGAGGCAGAACACCUCUGCACUUCGCGGCAGCUCGGGGUCACGCCACUUGGCUGAGUGAAUUACUGCAGAUAGCACUUUCAGAGGAAGACUGCAGUUUGAAAGAUAAUCAAGGUUAUACACCGCUGCACUGGGCUUGUUACAAUGGUCAUGAAAACUGCAUAGAGGUACUAUUGGAACAAAAGUUUUUCCGCACAUUCUAUGGUAAUACCUUCUCUCCAUUGCACUGUGCUGUAAUCAACGAUCAUGAAAACUGUGCAUCCCUGCUCAUCGGAGCCAUCGAUGCCAGCAUUGUCAAUUGCAAAGAUGACAAAGGAAGAACGCCCCUUCACGCAGCAGCCUUCGCGGAUCACGUGGAGUGCCUCCAGCUCCUCCUGAGUCACAGCGCACAAGUGAAUGCUGCGGAUCACGCAGGAAAAACACCUCUCAUGAUGGCAGCUCACAACGGUCAUGUAGGUGCUGUAGACUUUUUGGUGAACAUUGCUAAGGCUGACCUGACAUUGAAGGAUAAGGAGUUGAAUACAUCUUUGCACUUGGCUAGCAGUAAAGGUCAUGAAAAAUGUGCCUUGUUAAUACUUGACAAGAUACAAGAACAGAGCCUUAUUAAUGCAAAAAAUAAUGCAUUGCAGACACCUCUCCACAUUGCUGCACGGAACGGCUUAAAGAUGGUGGUUGAAGAGUUGCUAGCCAAAGGGGCGUGUGUCCUAGCAGUAGAUGAAAAUGGUCAUACGCCAGCCCUGGCUUGCGCUCCUAACAAAGACGUGGCUGACUGCCUGGCACUCAUUUUGGCUACCAUGAUGCCUUUUUCUCCUUCCAGUUCAAUGACGGCUUUCAACUUCGUUUGUUUUAAAAAAGACAAUUUGGGCAGGACACAUCUCUGCGAUGGCUCCAGUAUGGGUAGCAUUAACUCUUACAAUAAGCCCUUGAGUAAUAACAUAGGAACAGAGGAUGGGUACAAUGAAAACGAUUCAGAUUCUGAAACAUUUUGACUUUUUGGUAUUGAAAAACUUUUUUUUUUCAUGAUUAUUUCAUUUCAGCUUUAUUUUUGUAUUUUUGUUGUCUUUUUAAACAGCCUAAAUCCCACAGCUAUAUUCUUAACUAUUAUUCUUGACAAGUAGGUAUUGAAAGAUUUCUAGUGUUGAUGAGAAUCAAGCCUUUAAAUAACAAAGUUAGAGGGAUUUACUGGAACAUAUUCCCAUUAAUGUUCUGCGGCUUUUCAGCUUCCUGAUGUUUUCUUUAGGCCCGAAGUCUCUACCUCUUAUUUUAAGUAGAACAGAGAAAAUGCCUUUUUUCUUUUUGACAGCACAAAUAAACAGGAAACUGUUUGUAAAAAGUUCUUACAUGUUUUAGCUGUACCUUUAGUACACAAACAUAUUUCCAGCGUAGCUUCCAUAGAUUCGAGCAUCACCCCUUUCCUACGUUUGUCUGUUUCCUGCUUCCAGGGGCUCUGUUAAUUAGAUAUUUUGUUUUUACACAAACCAAAGGUAAAGUUGUAAAUCUUAAAACUGCCUGUACUACUUUUCUACAGGAAAUGAAACCUUUUACAUUCUGCGUGUAUUAAGCACUUAAAUGUAUAGAAGGCACUUUUUACAGUUCUUAGUUGCAGCACACAAUUAGAAAAAUAUAGUUAUGAACUCUUUAGGCCAAAUUCUACUUGUCUCACCAUAUUUUUCCCACGGACACUAGUGGAACCACUCGUGUAAAAUGAAAAUCACUUGGCCCUUACUUUUUUUUCAAUUCAGCACAAACGUACGGUUUAUUUGCACUACAGAAUUAGGGUCACUAGAUAUUUCUGUCACCUGAGCCAUUAACCAAGAAUCUAAUACCAGAAAAAAAAAAGGGGGGGGGGGAAAUCAGGUGUAGACAAAGGUAUAUGUAAAAGUUUAUAAUGACUUGCCAACUUAAAUGGAUUUUUUUUUCCUUUUCUAUGCUUAAAUAACUUAUUUUUACUGUAAACAGUAUAGAAUUUUAAAAUACUUUUGCCAGUGUUCGGAUUAACAGAGCAAAGGUAAAGCAAUGAAAGCAUAACACCAAAAGUUGAAAUACCAAACACCAGAAAACAUAGCAGUGUACCGUGCAGGGGAUUGGAGAUACAUGCUAAAAAAGCCUAUUGUCACCAGCUUUUAAAGCAAGGUCAACUUUGUGAAUAUGUUUACUCCUUCUGCCAAAGUUUCUAGGUCAAAUGGACCACGACCCUCGUCUGCAACAGAUGUACAAAAGGAAGAAUGAGACAUUGUAAACAAAAACAAAAAAAAACCAAAACAAAAAGCUAUCAUGAACUAACCAGCUGUACCAAGAGGACCAAAACGCUUCAGUAAUUAAAUGGAAGACUUUGCUACUUUUAUUUUUUUCUUCAAAUGUGAGUGACAUAAUGAAGUAGUUUUUCUAAAUCAUAAAAAUAUAAACUUUUGAGGUAAUGACUUGUCUUGAGUGAAUUUUACAUUUUAUGACACAGGUUUCAAGUUGACAUUUGUAACUGAUGAUGUGUUGACCACAGUUGGGUUUUUUUCCAGACUAAAGAAUAUGUUCAUAUACUUUUAAUGUAAAUGUGUUUAUAUUUAUUUGAAAUGAAACAAAUGCCCAGGAAAAAUAACUAUGGCUUGUUCUCCUCGUUAGCAUUUGUGCAUACUAUUUGGCGUGAUGCAAAAUGAAAUGUGAAUCUAGGCAAGACCGAUGGCCUGAGUAGAAAAAGGAAGGGCGGAUGCACUUUGGGAGAGCGCCCAUCUUGUAUGGAAUGCAAAGAUUAAGUCCACAGGCUAUAAUGGUAAAAAGCAGAAAGCAAACCACCUUCCCUCAUUUAAAAGCAUGAGACUGGGAUCAACCCCUUGCUAGACAAGUGAGAGAACAUUGUACAGCUACAGUAAAGAGGGGAAAAAGUAGCGUAGCGUGGAGUCAAGGUGUUAAAAAGUUCCCGUGAGUCACACUCAGGCUGUCUGCAGGCCUAUAUCUGUGCUGGGAGGACGAGACGCGCUUCCUCAGUGCACGCUUUCGGCAGGGUAAACGGAAAGUAAGGAUUUUCAUUUUAGUUGCAGUUUUUAGCCAUGUUCCGCUGAAUUGUCUAAAAAUCUGUUGGCAGAUUCCAGUUCUUUAAUUAAGAAAAAUAUUUAUAUAUUUAGUUUGCCUUGCUAAAAUUAAAUAUUGUCUCCUUGAACAUUAACAAAUUUCCAAAGUUUACAACAAAAAAAUCACAGAGGAUAGUGUCUCUAAAGGCAAACAUUUCCCUCAACUCUUUAUUUCCUGCAGUAGAGUGACAGAGCACCUGAAACCCUGUUUUUCUCCUCAGAAAUAGCACAGAAUAACAUUUUUAUGAUUGAUAUUUCUCAUUUUUGCUUUUAAAAGUUGCAGAAUAGCAAUAACCACCUUACUCUAAGCACUGAAAAUAAGAGGAGAGAUCAGUUGUUAAAGUUUUCAGUGGUGUCUGUUCAGAAAUGAAUAGAAAUCCCAAAUUUUGCUUUUUUUUAUGUGGAAUGAUGGUAUUGAAAACAAAUAAACAAAUGGGAAAUGGCUGCCACCUGUCUAACAGCAGGAUAAGCCUUUUAAACUUAUUUUCACUGGAGAUGUAGGUAGGCUUCUUGGCAGGAUUAGUUAUAAGUCUCACCCCAAAAUACAGAAAGUUACACUAUCCUACAUGAAGUUGCUUCAUUAGGAGAAAACCAGUCCUCUCUACAAAGAGGAGGAUGUAUUAAUUUAAGCAGCCAUUAAAAAAAGUCAGUAUUUUUACUUGCUACCAUACAGAGUUACUGAAAAUACUUAUGUAUAUUUGCAAUACCUCGUAACUCUUGUAAUUGCGUAGUGCAACAACUGCUGCCUCUUAAUGAUAGAUACAAUGUUGUAGAAGCAUAGGUCAUUACGAAUUACUUUUGAUCCUUCUAAAGUAAAAGAAGGGGAAGAACCAAUUCUAAACUUUACUGAUGGAACUUUUCUGUAAACUAACAAUGAUGUAAAUAUGCAAUAUUUCAAAAAAUCAUAGAAACGUAGGAUUUGUCAGCAUCUUAAGGACAUUGCGAAAGUCGUGUUUGAGUAUGGUGUAUUUAGGAGGAAGAUUGUUCCGAGCAAGACACUUGGAAGUACUCAGUAUUGGCCUAUCCCACAUCUCACGUCAGUUACCAGAAUCCCUUUUUUUGUAUGCUGGCGCAUUAAUCUGUAAUAUAAUUUAUCACAUGUAGAAAUAAAUUUGUAAUUUAGAGCAGGUAUUUAAGCAUGGGAAUAAUUUUACUCUUGUAAAUAAUCACCUUGCCUUUCUGUGGACUUUUUACAAGAGUCGAGUGAAUCAUAUAUAACUGUUGCACUUAACCCUGGAUCCUGCAAUUUACAGUACGUGGACGACCUCUGUGUCUGCACCAAGCCAAGGUUAUUUGGGGAGGAGCAGCCAUCUGCCCGGCUGUAUUGGCAGGAUCGUUUCCUCCUGUAUUUUAACCACAGCUGCAGGUGGAAUCCAUAGCAGGAUGGGGUCCCAAGUCUCUCUCAUAAAUACUGAGUUACAACCUCCGGACUGCCUGAAAUUGCUGUGAAAUAGCUCAGGGGAUUUCUGUUCAUCGCUACUAAAAGGGCACCAUAAUGUGUUUGGUACUUUUAUGCAGUAAACGACUGCCAGAUCGUUGAAUUAGAACAAACACAUGAAAUGAAUUGUUUAUCCAUUGUACUGUUGAGAAACUUGGUUAUGUAUCUUGAGGAUGAUUUUAAAAAAAUUUGUGAUUUUUAUUCUUAGUCAUGUAAGAAAUAUUAGAGUGCCUUUUUAUAUUUGUGUAUUAUGGAAGUGUUUUGUGAAACUCGGGUUUUUUUUGGUUUGUUUUUUUUUUCAUUUGAGUGUUAUAAAAGCAAUAUAUUACCAGUAAAUUUUCAUUUCAGACCUUCUUUGAAUGUAUAAAGUGUUUCUUCUUUUCAUAUGUUCUACCUGCAUUGAAAUGAAAAUUAAUAUGCUAAAUUUCUAUAGGAAUAAUGUAUAAUUUUCGCAGUGCUGAAAAUGCUUUCUUAUUACACAAAAAGUAAACCUUAGGUCAGUGUUAUAGGAAAGGGCGUUUUAAACUAGUGACAAUCUUGAGUGUGUGUAUAAAAUGUAAUUUUAUGCGUUUCUUAUGCAGUGAUCUACAUAUUAAAGCCAAUAUCUUAUGUUUUGUAGGUUUUGUCUUAUAUUUUAUGCUUUAGCAUGUGCAAUAUAUCUUUACAAACCAUGGUGAUACGAAUCUGGUGCCAGUGUUAUAUUUUGCAUAACAUUUGUAAUAAACAAUAUAAACUAUUGUUUGAUGGUUUCAGUGGGGUUUUGUCGGUAUUGUUUGCUUUUGUAAAUUGAAGUUUAAGGACUUGGGUAAAUGUCACAUGCGAAAUGAGGAAAAAUAUUUACUUCAGUGAAUGACCUGGAAUUCAACCUGAAUCUUCUCAAGCACAGUUUAGUGACUUUUUCAACUACUGAAUGCUGUAUUAAUGUAAUGAAGAACCUUAACUGUAAAGUACUAUUGAAAUGCAUUCAGACGGUUAUUUUUACAAAUAAAAAUGGUACAAAUA